AUGUAUUCGAGUGCGAUUCUCAAUGCAUUCAUGGCCCGCGGCAAGCCGAAAGGCCACGGCAUCAAGAUCAAGCCCCAGUCUACAGACCGGCUCCUCGCCAUAACCAAUGCCCUCCCCGACGAAACGGUCGAAACGGCCGCCCAGGCGAUCCUACGCGAGCGAGCCCUCGACACAUCCGUUCCUUACAACGAGCGCGUUCAGAUGCUCAAAGAGGAAGGCAUGUCCAACCGUCAGAUUCAGGCCAUGAUCAACCCGCACGCCAUAGCCGACCUCAAAGACAAGAAUCCCGGCGGGCGCACGCUACAUCAUUGCCCGAAGAAGAAGCACGGCAUGGACCAGGCGCGCUGCAUCAAGGAUGGCUGCAUCAUCGAGUGCCCCAAGUGCGGCGCCUACAUCUCCGCCGGGUUCGGGUCCAGGUGCAGAGGCUGCGAGACGAGGCAGUUUACGAAGCAGAGAGAGGAGCAGGAUACCGCGCGUGCCGAGAAGGAGAGGCAAAAGGCGGAGGAAGAGGAGAGGGAGAAGUCCGCGGGCCUCACGGGCCGGAAGAAGGACAAACCCAGGUGGAGUGACCAUAAGCGUGAGUUUCAGGCGCAUGCGAGAAUGGCUCGCGUCGUUGCCGGCCGUGUCAGCAAGAAGCGGAAGGGCGAAGAAACUCACCCAGACGCUGUAUGGAGAGCGCUGCUCGCUGAAACUUCUGGCACGGACGAUGACGGCGAUGAUGACAUGGAGUACGAAAUGGAGGAGAUGGGUCGGAUGGAUCCCGAGCGACGCAGGCUGUGCGAAAUUGUGAUCGCGUCUUGGCUCAUUGAGCACCAUCGAGACCUUCUUUUCUCAGUCGACUCUUCUUAG